AUGGGCCGACACUCCAAAGCAACUACUGCACGUCUUGGGAACCUCAACCACCCUAGAAGGUCCUAUAAACCCACUGUAGAAGAUACUCGGACUGGGACCCCAGAGGAUGAGGAGGAGGUGGAGGUUGGUGAGGAAGAACUAGAGGGGCUGAAGAAUGAGAGCGACGUUCAUCAGUUCGCAGCUGUUCUCUGUGAAGCUCAAGCUCUUACUGUAAAGGCUGAAUGUGAAGCAGCAGCUGAUAAGCCCAACUGCCCAAAGCACUACACUGGGAACUCGAAACGAAGCCAGCGGCUCCAUGCCUUCAAUCGGAAGAAGUUAGCAGCAGCUGGACAACAAUUUAUUAAUUCCUGGUUCACAGUAGCCAAAAAGACGGUCUCCAAGGAUGAAUCUGGUUCAGACUCAGACUCAUCACCUGAAGACCCACCCACCAAAGAUGUUGAGGCAAGCAUGGGCCGGCUCUUCCCUGAAAGAGAUGAAUUGAGCAAUGAAAUGAACCCAGGGCCAUUGCAUGACACUACAGGCACCCAGAGUGACACACGAGCGAGAUCUGCAAAGGAGGAAGUCAAAGAGCUCCUGAAGCAGUUGCGGAAUGGAUGUCGCCCUUCAGAUGACAGCCCUGAGACAAGGACUGAUGUCCUGUUGAAUGGAUUAUGCUACAAGGACUUUCCUAUGCUGCGUCGUACACUCGCAAAACUCACCAUCAAGAGCAAAGACAAGAAGCUUGAUUUUUUGAAAUCUGGGAAACUGCCCCUUCACCGAUAUGGCUCCUACAACUCCUCAAUCCUCGAUGAUGAAGACUUCGCCCAGGAUAUCCAGCUACACUUGACAGGAAAGGCAAAAGAUGGCUACAUCUGGGCACAGGACAUUGUUGACUACAUUGCCACAAAGGAUGUCCAGGAGCAGCUUGGGGUGAAGGCACGAGGAAUCACCGUUCGAACAGCUCGACACUGGUUGAAGAAGCUGAACUGGCGAUAUACCCGCAAACGGAAUGGCAUGUACAUUGAUGGCCAUGAAAGGGAGGAUGUGGUUGCUUAUUGGAAAGCAUUCGUGUCACGCUGGCAGGAAUAUGAGAAGCAUUUCAUUAUUUAUGACAACGAUGGCAACGUACUCUCUAAACCAGCUGGCUUCCCUGUCCCUCAAAUCAGCCGCUUCCACUUGAUCCUGGUCACACACAAUGAAUCAACGUUCUACGAAAAUGACAGACACAAGACAAAGUGGACCCACUUCCAAGAAAAGGCGACAACAGAGAGAAAAGGAGAGGGGCCAUUGAUCAUGGUGUCCGAAUUCUUAACACCUGAUUGGGGGCGGCUAAAAGACGGAGAUGACGAGGCACGUAUCCUCUUCAGAGCGGGGAAGAAUCGGGAUGGUUACUUCGACAAUGACGAUCUGAUCAGUCAAGUGGAUCAUGCUAUUGACAUUUUUGAGGGACUCACCAAUGGCUUUGCAACUGGUCUUUUCCUGUUUGACAAUGCACCGAGUCACCAAAAGUGGGCAAUGGAUGCCCUCUCUGCUCGGAAAAUGCCCAAAAAUCCCCAUGCAACAUGGACACAUCACAAAGAUGGCCCAAAGAUGAGGACCACCUGCUUCGGUGAGCACAGCACUAUCCAAGACUUCUAUUACCCAGAUGAUCACCCCACCAUGCUGGGCUGGUUUAAAGGGAUGGAGAAUAUUAUCCGGGAGCGCAGUCUGUGGCCACAGUGGGGGCUCAACGCGCAGUGUGAGGGGUUCAAGUGUGAGCCUGGGAAGACGGACUGCUGCUGUCGACGGCUUCUAUUCACACAGCCCGAUUUCAUAAAUCAGAAGUCUCGCCUUGAAGAAUUAAUCACUUCCCGUGGUCACAUUUGUGACUUCUACCCAAAAUAUCACUGUGAACUCAAUUUCAUUGAGCAGUAUUGGGGGGCAGCAAAGCUUCGGUAUCAGAAUAGCCCCAAGACAACUGAUAUAAAGGAGAUGGAGAGGAAUGUACUUGCCUGCCUCGACGAUGUUCCUGAUGUUUCAAUCAAACAAUAUGCCAAUCGCGCUGCUCGAUUUAUCAAUGCGUACUUCCAGGGACUUACAGGCCCCGAGGCAGCAUGGGCAAACAGGAAAUAUCACGGCCAUCGCACACUUCCUGCGUCUGUUGUUGCUAAACUUAAGGAGGAGUUCUUAAAGAGGUUUGGGGGGUCCAAGUAA